AUGAAUAUGGCAACAACAAUCAAAAUCUUCUUCUUUUCUUUUCUUUUCCUUUCAAGUGCAUUUCUUUCAAGAUCUCAAGAAGUUGAUGAUAUGAGUGAUCAUGAGUUUAGUUAUGACAAAAACGCGAAGAACGGACCAGCUAAUUGGGGGAAAAUCUCGAGCAACUGCAAUGGAAAUUUACAGUCUCCAAUUGACCUUGAUAACAAAAUGGUUGAAGUUGUAUCAAAUUUAGGAAUUCUUCAAAAAUACUACAGACCAUCCAAUGCCACUCUCGUGAAUAGAGGACAUGAUAUCAUGUUGAGAUGGGAUGGUGAUUCAGGAUACUUGAAGAUAGAUGAAACUCAAUAUCAACUCCAACAAAUUCAUUGGCACACACCUUCCGAACAUAGUAUCGAUGGGAAAAGGUAUGAUAUGGAGGCUCAUUUGGUACAUAUGAGCAGUGAUGGAAAAAUUGCUGUCGUUGGAAUCCUCUAUGAAAUUGGAUUAUUGCCUAAUGAUCUCCUAACCAUAAUCAAAAAUCUCUUGCUGAUAAAAAAAAAAGGUGCAGAAAAAGGCAUGGGAAUAAUUGAUCCAAAUAUAAUAAACUUGGAUGACAAUAUAUAUUACAGAUUUAUUGGCUCCCUUACUACUCCACCUUGCGCUGAAGGUGUUGUUUGGACUAUUGAUGGAAAGGUUAACAGUGUAACGGCAAGUCAAAUAAAACUGCUCCAAGAUGCUGCAGUUAAUGGAUUUGAAUCCAAUGCCAGACCAAUUCAGCCAUUAAACGGACGUUCUAUCAAAUUUAACAAACCAUAA